AUGGACGGAUAUAAUGCCUUACCGUACCUCCCCCUCCUGGGAAAGUACCUUGAGGAACAACUCGGGUUCUCACUUAUCCAAGUCAUGCUCACGAGCAGCCAUAUGGGUUAUGGCGUUUCGUCCUUACUGGAAGAUGUUCGGGAGCUGGAUAUUCUGCUUACAUUCUUGAGGGAAGAAAGGGCAAAAACACGGUUGUUCUUUAUCGGACAUUCGACAGGAUGUCAGGACGCGAUCUCGUUUGCGAGUCAUGGACGGAAUCGCGCUGCUGUUCAGGGGAUAGUACUUCAAGGACCUGUGUCUGAUAGGGAGUUCAUGAUGUUCUCUCUUAAAGAGAUGUAUGGGAAAUAUGUGCGGCUGGCUCAGAGGAUGAUUAACGAUGGCAAGGGCCAGGAACUCAUGGUCAGAGAGGUGGACAUAGCGCCUGUUACCGCCUACCGCUUCAACUCAUUGGCCUCAAUAGGGGGUGACGACGACAUGUUCAGCUCAGAUAUCCCAUUCGAAUCCUUGCAGGCACUCUUUAGACAGGUUAAGACACCGCUGAUCAUGGUGCACUCUGGCAAGGACGAGUACAUCCCACCUCACAUCAACAAGGAAAGUCUAGCUUCGAACCUGACCAAGGCCUCGCCAUCAUCUCUGGGCGCAGUUGUUCUGCCAGAUGCGGACCAUGCGAUCUCGGACUUGGCUUCACAGACCAUAUUCUGUGACACUGUGGUUCAAUUCAUUCGGAAAGUCUUGUAUACUUUAGAGCAGGAGGAGAAGGCACAUGAACAGGCGCUUGGAGGAUUGUCUCUGUAG